AUGAAGAGUCUAUCCAUUGAUCCCGGUCAGAACAUCCCCCCGAUUGGGGAUUCGCCUUCUACUUCUCUUCCAGGGGCUGGUGUCGGAGAGCGCGGCGGCGAGGCCCCCAUCCAGUUGAAGAAUCAGGGACUCGGCGAUAGAGGUGGGGAGAGCCUCUGCAGAAAGGGUGAGGCGGUUGAGGAUGAAACACCAAUAGACGUGCGCCAUGCCAAAGAAACAACGCCAGGGAAUCCAAUGAAUAAGGAUAAGGUAUGA